AUGGUUUUCAAGGACUUAAAAUCUACAGACAAUGGCCUUAAAAUAGCAAACGCCACUGCAGUGCCACAGAUGGGUCAUGCCUUCUACCCCCAUCCGAUUCACUUGAGGAAUUCCUCCACUGGUACUGCUCUCUCCUUCUCCACUACUUUUGUAUUUGCCAUAUUUUCUGAGUUCACAACAAUAGGUGGGAUUGGUAUCAUGUUUGUGAUUGCACCCUCACCAAAGUUCCCCGGAGCUUUGGCCGGCAGUCGUUUUGGCCUCUUCAACAUGACCAACCUUGGCUUAUCAUCCAACCAUUUGAUCGGAGUAGAAUUGGAUACCAUCCAAAACGAGGUGUUUAAUGAUAUCGAUAGGGGUACAAUUCUUGAUAUUGUGGAUCCUGUAAGAUCAAAUACCAAGAAACACGAAUAA